AUGCUAACAACCUUUCGGGGCUAUGUUUUCGCUUCCAUGCUGCUGACGGUUGCCGUCAUUGGGCAUGCCUUGUACCUUAAACACUUCUUCUACCGCUCCGUCAUCUACCUGUCCAAAUCGAAAAUUGCCGUACUCGCAGUCGGAAAUAUGGCGCUUGCGUCCGCCCUUCUGUUAUGGCGCGUACUUCAGGCUGUCUUCCUUGGACCGCUUCGCUUCCGUGAAGUUGAACGCCUUCACAUCCGUGCUCGCGAUGCCGUCAUUGAGUGCUGCUUUGCUAUUUCCGUAUUUCGCGAAGACUUGGAUGCCAGAUUUGUCGCCUUUUUCAUGACUCUGCUCUUGCUUAAGAGUCUACAUUGGCUCAGCAAGGACCGCAUUGAAUUUCUAGAGGAACAACCCCUCACUCCAGUGCGUACGCACCUUAGACUUGUUGGCUUGAUGUCGGCCUUGCUCGUACUCGACAUUUUCUUGGUUCAACGCUUCGCUACUAUCACCCUCACUACCGAAGGAGCUACUAUGUACGUGCUUUUUGCGUUUGAAUACACCAUUAUUGUGAUCGAGCUGCUGUCCGACAUCGUCAAAUACGUCUUCCUUGUAAUCGACAGAUCUAUGGAAGGCCACUGGGAGGAGAAAAACAUGUAUUCGUUUUACAUAGAACUGCUGUCUGAUCUAUGUCAGCUCACUGUGUACGUUUUGUUUUUCAUAUACGUCCAGUACUUCUAUUCUAUGCCAUUCCAUAUUAUUCGGGAGGUUUGGGUGACCUUCUCAAAGUUCAGGCGGCGCUGCUCGGAUUUCUUGCGUUACCGUCGCGUUGUUGCAACUAUGAAUGAUCUCUUUGCAGACGCCACCGAGGAGGAGCUCGUUGAGGGAGACCGCACUUGCAUCAUAUGUCGAGAAGAAAUGCAGACUGCGAAGAAGCUUGCCUGCGGUCACCUGUUUCAUGCUCGAUGCUUGCAGAAUUGGCUCAAACGCCAGCUAUCGUGCCCGACAUGUCGCGCAGUCAUUGAUGUCAAUGGCCCUGGCAGCCAGUCUCCACAGGCUCAGAAUCCAAAUAUGAACAAUCCUUUGAACGCAUUGCACAUUAACAACCCUAACAAUAUCAACAAUGGCUUCAACUUUCGUGCAAACGCGAAUAUGAACAACAAUGGAGCUGUGCCCUUAAAUCAGGCUGCCAACGUCGGUGAUGCCGGUGCACGCCUCGUCAAUCUCGCAAACCAAUGGUUAAACCAAGUCAUGGUAGAUGCACGGGCAGGGGGUGGUCCUGGUGCAAACGCAGGUUUUCUGCAAGGUCUUGGUGUGGAUGUGGGUGGAGUUGCGGGGGCGGGUGGAGCUGUGGGUGAAGCGGCGGGCGGAGCGGCGGGCGGAGCUGCGGGUGGAGCUGCGGGUGGAGCUGCGGGUGGAGCUGCGGGUGGAGCUGCGGGUCUGGGUCCGGGGGCGGGUGGAACUGCGGGUGCGAGUGAAGCUGCGGGUGGAGCUGCAAGUGGAGCUGCGGGUGGAGCUGCGGGUGGAGCUGCGAGUGGAGCUGCGGGUGCGGGUCCAAGUGCGGGUGCCAAUGCCGGUGCGGGGGCCAAUGCCGGUGCGGGUGCCAAUGCCGGUGCGGGUGCCAGUGCUGAUGCGGAUGGCGGUGCUGGCCCCAGUACGAGGACGGAGGCUAGUGCGGGUGCGGCUACGAGUGCUGGGAUGGAGCUGGGUGGAAACGGAGCGAGUGGUGCUGGCGCCGGGUCCGCCAGUCCUGACGCGGGUCCAGUUGCGGGUGCCGAAGGAGUGGGGUCAGAUGGGUGCGAGGACGAAAGCCAAAUAGCCAGAGGGCUCGCAAGCACCGAACGGUCUGGCGCUCAGGGAGCAAGCGGAGACGUAGCGCAUCAAGGGCUUGGGGGAACGAACGCGCAAGGCGCAGUCGACCAGGGUAAUAUGGUGCAAAAUGGCCCUCACCUCAACGGCGCCCCUCCGAACAUAUUUCUGCGGGGACGGAAUGCGAUUGCUCACAUGCAGUUCCGAGAAAGGCGCCGAGGUGCCUGGCCGCCCCCGUACCAACCCUAUCAAAUGCCCCAUCUGGCAAACUAUGCACACCAAGCUGGCCAUAAUUAUCAAGGCAUUAAUCCAUAUAUCCCCACAGACGCUCAGCUGAUGGCGUGGAGCGAGCAAGCUCGCCUGAAUAAUCUUGCACUCAAUCCGGCACAUGGUACAAAUGCUCCGGGACAUGUACCGUCCCAAAGUGCUGGCGAAUCGUCAGAUGGUUCGCAAGGGCAUCGUGCGGGUGAAGCACAGGCGUCAUCUGAAGGUCGAACGAGUCGUGCGCCUGGCUCAGGAGAGCAGAAUUCCAGCACAGGCUCCCAAACAGUAGAAGCCGGGGCCGCACCAGAGUCACAGUUGCACGAUGGGCUUGAUGUCGGGGGCUCGAGAUCCGUGGAGGUGUCCCGCUCCGAUGACCUGACAGAAGCCCCGCAACGAGGACCAGUGAAUCCUACUACACAACCGGAAACAGAUCAAGGAGAUGUGGGUCCGCUGCAGGUAACAAACGCACACGCGGUAGAAGCUUCUAGUCGUUCUAUCCCUCUUGACAGACUACUGGCUAUCCAAGAACAGAUUGAGGUCCUACGAUGUGAAGUGAUGGAUCUAAUUUUGAUCGCAACUAAUGAUUCUCCACCAGCGACAGAGGAUGGCAAUAUCGAGGCUACGACCAAUGUACAAACUGAGAGGCCUUUGGAUACCAGGGAUAGCAUUACAGAACGCGAGGCGGGAUCAAGUACCAACGCGGCAGCAGGAAGAAGCAUGGACCAUAGUGGAUCGGAAUAUCGUCAUGUCGACAUAGAUCGGCGUGGCAACGCCUGAUUCCUCGCAUAUAUUUGAAUGGGGGAAAAAGCUGGCGAGCCAAGCCUUUCUUUCGCCGACUAACUAUAAAAGCUGACUAUUGAGAUUAGUCCGGCGAUUGCAUCA